AUGGCUUUACAUAAACUUAGUAUUGAUGCCUUGAACCUAAGUGGUAAACGCGUUUUAAUGAGGGUAGACUUCAAUGUUCCACUUAAAGAAGGAACAAUAACCAAUAACCAACGUAUCGUCGCGGCCUUGGAUUCUGUUAAAUAUGCUCUUGAGAAAGGUGCCAAGUCGGUUGUUCUUAUGUCCCAUUUAGGCAGGCCGGAUGGUCAAGCAAACAUAAAGUACACUUUGAAGCCAGUCGCUGAAGAAUUAAAAAAACUUCUUAAUAAAGAUAUAACUUUUCUUCCUGACUGUGUUGGUUCAGAAGUUGAAGCUGCCUGUGCUGAUCCAACACCGGGCUCAAUUAUUUUGCUAGAGAAUCUUAGGUUUCAUAUUGAAGAGGAAGGAAAGGGAGUUGAUGCUUCUGGUGCCAAAGUAAAGGCUGAUGCUGAGAAGGUGAAAGCCUUUAGAGCAAGUUUGAGGAAAUUGGGAGAUGUUUAUAUCAAUGAUGCUUUUGGUACAGCACACAGAGCUCACAGUUCUAUGAUGGGUGAAGGCUUUGAACAGAGAGCUAGUGGUUUCCUUCUUAAGAAAGAAUUGCAGUACUUUGCAAAAGCACUGCAUGAGCCCGAAAGACCAUUCCUUGCUAUCCUGGGAGGUGCUAAGGUAGCUGACAAAAUUCAAUUAAUUGAAAACUUGCUGGACAAAGUAAAUGAGAUGAUCAUUGGAGGUGGUAUGGCAUUCACUUUCCUUAAGGAAACUAAGGGAAUGGCUAUUGGCAGUUCCUUAUAUGAUGCUGAUGGGGCCAAAAUUGUUAAGAAGUUACUGGAAAAGGCUGCUAAAAACAAUGUAAAAAUCCAUCUACCUGUUGACUUCCUGACAGCUGAUAAAUUUGAUGAGAAUGCUCAGGUUGGCAAUGCUGAUAUUGAAACAGGCAUUCCUGAUGGCUGGAUUGGUCUUGAUGUAGGACCUAAAUCUAGGGAACUGUUUUCUGAGCCCAUAGCACGUGCUAAAGUUAUUGUGUGGAAUGGACCGGCUGGUGUUUUCGAAUUCGAAAAUUUCGCUGGUGGAACCAGAGCUUUAAUGGAUGGUGUUGUAAAAGCUACUGCCAACGGAACAAUCACUAUUAUUGGUGGAGGUGAUACAGCCACUUGCUGCUCUAAAUGGGGCACUGAAGACAAGGUGUCUCACGUGUCCACGGGCGGUGGUGCCUCCCUAGAAUUACUCGAGGGUAAAGUGCUGCCUGGAGUUGCUGCGUUAUCUGAUGCGUAA